UACUGCUACUCAAUGGUCCUUCGUGGAUUCCGUAGAUUCGCGUUUUGCGCGAAACUCGCGUUUGGAAGGAGAGUUCGUGAACCUGAGCGGCUACAAUGAGAGCACUUGUGCGCUCCUCGCUGGGAAACGUAGUGAAAUGCUUUAGCCCACAGUCUGCCACUCCGAGUAGGUUGGUCAGGCAACCAGCAGUACUAUAUUCCAGAAAAAUGUUGCAUUAUGAAACGGAGGCGAGAGGACAACCGAACUCUCAAAGCUACAGGAUUUAUUUUAAAACAUCCGAUGGAAAAUACAUCUCACCGUUCCAUGACAUUCCACUUCAUGCAGAGGUGGAGAAGGACAGUGAUGUGCCACCAAAGAAAAUGAAGAAGGGGGAGAAUGAGGUGCUUUUCAACAUGGUUGUCGAGGUACCUCGAUGGUCAAACGCAAAAAUGGAGAUUGCUACGAAAGAGGUGCUAAACCCAAUCAAACAGGACGUGAAGAAAGGAGCACUGCGCUACGUGGCUAAUGUCUUUCCACACAAGGGCUACAUAUGGAACUACGGGGCGCUCCCACAGACAUGGGAGGACCCCGAACACACAGACAAAGACACAAAGUGCUGUGGAGACAACGACCCCAUAGAUGUGUGCGACGUGGGCUCCCUGGUGUGUGUGCCAGGCCAGGUCAUCCAGGUCAAAGUCCUUGGCGUCUUGGCCAUGAUUGACGAGGGAGAAACCGACUGGAAGGUCAUCGCUGUCAACGCUGAUGACCCAGAUGCCCAAAACCUGAAUAGUAUAGACGAUGUUCGCAAACAGAAGCCUGGUCAUUUAGAAGCCACUGUCGACUGGUUCAGAAAAUACAAGGUGCCAGACGGAAAGCCCGAAAACCAGUUUGCCUUCAAAGGACACUUUAAAGACAAGGAUUUUGCCAUGGAGGUAAUUAAAUCCACUCAUGACCACUGGAAAGCUCUCAUGCAGAAAAGCACCAACAGUGGAGAGAUAGAAUGUAAAAACACUUCUGUCUGUGAGAGCCCCUUCACGUGCAGUUCGGAGGACGCCAGAAAUGUGGUUGAAUCGGCUCCUGCGUUGAGCAACGCCCUUCCUUUGUCUCCUGGGGUGGACAAGUGGCAUUUUCUCUAAAGGGGAUCUGACUUCCUCAAGAUGGUGCCAAAACAACAAAACCUAUGGUCCACUUAAGACCUUCCCAUUCUCCACUCAUUUUGUAAGCACUCUGUCUGCACUUGUACAGAGAGGCUAUGGUCUCUGCUUUGGUCGCCAACAUUUAAUAUAGGACAAUAUAAUGACAUUUUGAAAUGCCCUUUUUCAAAACCAUGUAAUUAUACGGGUGAAAGGUAAAAUAACCGUUGAAUAUUUUGUUUUAAACUAUAUUUUAGGCUUGCAGAAUACAUGGUAUAUAUUUGUUUUAAUGAUGUUUACAAAAUAAUUCUGUUAAUCACAAGGCUACUUUUGAUUUCACUUUCAUAAAAUUUGUGUAUUCUUUUGGCUCAAAUAUUGUAAUCAUUUCCACUUUCUAAAAAGUCAGUGCAGCAACUACGGUUGUAUGUUAAGCUUAUGUCAUGUGACCGAUCGCACUCAAUCUAGCUUUUUAUUUUAUUAAGACCAUGUUUAUUUUGUACUGAGAAAAUAUAUUAUUGAUUUGAAAGAAUAAAUAAUCAUAUGCUAUUAACAUUAUGUUCUUUUCCCCGUUUUACUUAAAACUUACCUUACCAUUAGAAGAAGACAUAAAUCAAGGACGGCAUGGAUUAAAUUGAGAAACGAAUCAAAGUGCAUUAAAUAAAUAUAACCUUUAUUAAAAACACCCACAUCUUAGCAAUAACAGGAAUGAUAUAAUGAACAGCUUUCAAAUAAACUGCGUUCAGUACAUUACAUUACUUACAGUAUCUAACCUUUUUAAUUCCAUUUUUAGCAUACCAUACUUCAGGAAAUCUAGGGAAGCCUUUGAAAAAAACAAACAGGAAUUUGCAGUUUUUUUUAACCUCUUUUAGUGUCUAAUUGCAAACCUCUGUUUAUCAACUGCUAGCAUAACGUCAGGGCUUAGCACCUUUUUAUUCGUAAAUUAAGCUCUGAAAGUCAUUCAAGUAAUGUUGAUCCUUGAGUAUGGCUAUGCUAAAACCCGCUAUAAAUCACCUUGUCUUACUCAUCUUGCUACUUCAGCUGGGUCCUGUACAACAUAAUAACUUUAUAAUUUCUCUACAAAAUGGGAAAGGUAUAAAUACACAUUUUGAAGGUUUUUGCUAACCGGAUUGUAUAACUGUAAAAAAUUGCUGUGGCAAUGGAGUUUAGUAUGUACAAAAACUGUCUAGAUUUAUCUGACUGGGGUUUUCUGUUGACUCAAACAAUAAAGAAACCAUGUUUACUUUAGGAUUGGUACUUGAUGUAUUAGUAUAUUUGACAAAACUACAUGAACCUACAAUAUCAACAAAGAGUGAGUUGUAUUUGUGUAAUACAAAUGCAUGGUAUAUACAAUGUGACAUAAAUUAUUUUUCCUUAACACAUUUACAAUCUAUUUUAAAUAAAGUAAUUCUUUUAUUACAUUUUUUUCCUGAAAAAGAAAUUAAGUGCUUUAAGAAAUUGAUAGAAUAUAUGUUAAAGAUUGGGGUCACUCAUACAUAACUCAUAACAUUAUACAUCACAUCAAUUAAAUCAAAUAAUUGGGGCAAAAUUAUCAUUAUACAAUUGCUUAGUGGUUAUAAAUAAAUUUGAACUAUACCCAAGCACAAUGGUGUGCAACUACUAUAAUAACUGCCCUGGCCAUGCUUUUUUAGCAAAAUAAAACUACAUUACUUCUCACAAGUAAGUGUCAUACUUUCCCUUUAGUCUACUCAGUGCAUAUUCAAUUCAAAUGACGAUUUUAUUUUAUAAGAUUUCAACCAGCCAACUAACUAUAAAAUAACUUAUCUUUUUUUUACUUACAAAAUAAAUUUAGUUUUGGGUAUGGCUUCAAGACUUUCUAAUAGGAUUCUGAAGGCAAGUCCCUGAAUGAGGUGAAAAAGACAAACUGAAUCAAGAUGGAGGUUUAGACGUACUUAGUUGAAAAUGUCCCUGAUUUGUAGUAACAUCAAAGCUUCAAGUUUAAGUAAUUCUUUCUAGCAGUUUGAUAACAAAAAUGGGAAAGAAAUAAACUUCUCGGCCUGUUGGUAACCUGAAUAUUCAGCGAGUGUGAAAAUUUUUGAGUAAUCGAGGAAGGAUAAUAGACUAAAAUAAACCUUUGUUAUGUUAUCCUAUUGCCAAGCAUGUUCUGAGGUAUAUGACAGGUAGAUACUGUAUAUCAUUCAUCAGCCUCAUGAGUCUCACAUUAUGUAACUACUAUGUAAAAUAGCACCAUAUGAAAUAAAAACAGUUUCAACGCAUAAAAUACAUCAAAUGAAAAAAAAAAGUCAGACUACUUCUUGACAACAUUAAAAUCUUAAGCAUACAUUUGAAAAUUAAUUUACUGUACAAACUUUUUUGUAUCUUACAGUUGGUUUACAAUAUUUAAAGACCCCCACAGCAUGCCAGCUGCCUUCUGAAACACCAGCACCACUGAAAUAACCCUGCCUCAUGUUCCUCAGUGUAUGAACAAAACAUUUUUAGUGAAUGCAACAGUCACAGGACUAAAUAUUCACAUCAGAUCUGUUCAGUGAACCUAUGGCCAGCAACCCGGAAACAGCCAACGACAGAAUUGUGACCCCGUUGUGAUCAAGUGUAUCGAUUUUUUUUCUCAUGAAAAAAAAAGAAAAGCACCAUAAGGAUGGCUCAAUAAAAAAUGGACAGUAUAAAGGACAUAGAAUAGUGAAAGAAGCACCAAUAAAAUGCAAGUGAAAGUCAGUUUUCUCGGUUCGACAGAUCAUAUUUAUUCAUGAUCCUUUUUCUAAUGCAUAUUGUCAUUUACCUGUGAAAAUCAUUAGGAAGUAACUAUUGUAUUGUAACAAUAUAAUAAGCACAAACUUA